UACACACCGACGCCGAGCUCGGAUCGCUUCUUGUCUUCCGGGCCACUGCGAAUACCAUACAACCCUUUCGACGGAUGAUAUCAUGUAGCUAGCGGCAAAGCAGCAAACACGUCAUCAUCAUGGAUGUCUCACAAGCCGUCGCCGGAUACAUCUCCAAGAUGAUGCUGUCCUCGGGCGAUGCCUCAUCUUCAAAGAUGAAGGUCCUCUUGCUAGAUAGAGAGACCAUCUCCAUCGUGUCAACAGCCAUCACACAGUCCUCGCUGCUCGAGUACGAGGUCUAUCUCAUCGACCGCCUGGACAACGCCAGCCGCGAAAAGAUGCGCCAUCUUCGCUGCAUCUGCCUGGUCCGUCCCUCGCCCGAGACCAUUCAGCUGCUCAUCGACGAGCUCCGAGACCCAAAGUACGGAGAGUACUACCUCUUUUUCACAAAUGUAGCCAAGAAGUCGGCCCUGGAGCGGCUCGCCGAGGCGGACGACCAUGAAGUCGUCAAGGUCGUCCAGGAGCACUUUGCCGACUACAUCGUCAUCAACCCAGAUCUCUUCAGUCUCAACAUGACCCUUCCGCAGCACCGGAUAUGGGCCGGUGGCCCGGACAAGUGGAACCCCGAUUCUCUGCAGCGUUGCUCGGAAGGCCUCCUCGCCGUUCUCCUCUCCCUUAAGAAGAAGCCGCUGAUCCGAUAUCAGAAGAGCAGCCCUCUUGCUGCAAAGCUGGCGUCUGAGGUACGAUACCUUAUGACAAAGGAAGACCAGCUGUUUGAUUUCCGCAAAGUCGACACGCCUCCUAUUCUUCUCAUCCUGGACCGCAGGGAGGAUCCGGUCACACCCCUCCUAACGCAGUGGACCUACCAGGCCAUGGUUCACCAUCUGCUCGGGAUCAAGAAUGGCCGGGUUGAUCUUAGCGACGUCCCAGACAUCAGGCCCGAGCUCAAGGAAAUUGUUCUCUCCCAAGACCAGGACCCUUUCUUCAAGAAGAACAUGUUUCUAAACUUUGGCGACUUGGGCGGGACAAUCAAGGAAUACGUCGAGCAGUACCAGUCCAAGACGAAGAACAAUGCCAACAUCGAGUCAAUAUCAGAUAUGAAGCGGUUUAUUGAGGAAUAUCCAGAGUUUCGGAAGCUCUCCGGGAACGUAAGCAAGCACGUCACGCUUGUCUCUGAGCUUAGUCGGAGAGUUGCUGCCGAGAGUCUAUUGGAAGUCAGCGAACUGGAGCAGAGCUUGGCUUGCAAUGACAACCAUGGUUCCGAUCUCAAGGCCGUACAAAGAAUAAUCCAAGCUCCCAACAUCUCGGCGGGAAGCAAAGUUGGUGUUGUGGCUCUAUAUGCCUUGCGCUACCAGAAACACCCCGGGAGUGCUCUCCCCAUGCUCAUGGACCUUCUUGUUGCGGCUGGCAACGUCUCUCCAAGACAAGCUGAUUUAGUCAAGAAGGUCUUGGCCUAUCACUCUUCAUUACACACUUCGGACUCCCGAACCGGCAUCACAGAUAUAUUCGACUCCGCCGGCAUCUUCUCCGGCACGGCAAACCGAUUUAAGGGCCUGAAAGGCGUGGAAAAUGUGUACACGCAGCACAACUCGCUGCUAGAGGGCACCUUGCAGAACCUCAUCAAGGGCCGGCUGAAGGAGCAGCAGUACCCGUUCGUGGAUGACGGCAGUUCGACCAGAGACAAGCCGCAGGACAUUAUCGUCUUCAUGGUGGGAGGUGUGACGUAUGAGGAGGCCAAGAUGAUUGCUGGAGUCAAUGCUACGAUGCCCGGCGUGCGCGUGGUUCUUGGUGGCACGACGGUUCAUAAUGCGACGACGUUUCUGGAGGAGGUUGAGGAUGCCCAUGCAAUAGUACCAGUGGUAGAUGAAUGCAAGAUGAGUGCCUUAUUGCGUCCUCGGUCGUUUCACUGGCGCCCGAGUUGGGGACGACGUCGGUUUGCUACCGUGAGCGACAGGCAUAGGUGCGUCGCCAGAAGAGAGAGAGAGAGAGAGAGACAGAACAGCCAGCUAAUUGUUGCCAACGAAAAUAGAGCAUUUGAUGUCGUCGUCAUAGGCGGUGGCCAUGCCGGCGCCGAGGCAUGCGCUGCUGCUGCGAGAGCCGGUGCGCGGACGGCGCUGGUGACGCCCAAGAUGGACAACCUGGGCACAUGUUCCUGCAAUCCGAGCUUCGGGGGCAUUGGCAAGGGCACCAUUAUCCGAGAGAUUGAUGCGCUGGAUGGCUUGGCGGGGAGGAUCAUUGACAAGGCUGGCGUGCAGUUUCAUCUGCUGAACCGGCGCAAGGGCCCGGCUGUCUGGGGUCCGCGAGCGCAGAUUGAUCGAGAUCUGUACAAAAAGUACAUGAGAAGCGAGCUCGAAUCGUAUCCGAACCUGUCCAUUGUCCUCGAAAGCGUGUCGGAUAUCAUCCUGUCCGAGAACGAAGGCUCAAGCAAAGGCGCCAAGGGCUCAAUCGCCGGCGUCAGAUUGGAAAAUGGCGAGAUCUUGCAGACCGGAAGAGUUGUCAUCACAACCGGAACAUUCUUGGGAGGCGAAAUACACAUUGGGCUUGAGGCCUAUCCGGCCGGCCGCAUUGGAGAGGCGGCGACGACGGGCCUGAGCAAGUCACUACGCGAAGCUGGCUUCCAGCUGGGUCGGUUGAAGACGGGAACACCUCCGCGGCUCGACAAGUCGACCAUCAAUUUCGACAUUCUCCAGAGGCAGCUGGGCGACAACCCCCCCAUCCCUUUCAGCUACCUCAACUCCCAGGUCGCUGUGCAGGACCAGCUUACUUGCAGCAUCACAUACACCAACGAGGCCUCGCACAAGAUUGUUCGAGACAAUCUGGAAAAAUCGAUUCACAUUCGCGAAACAGUCAAGGGCCCGAGGUACUGCCCCUCUCUCGAGUCAAAGGUCAUUCGGUUUGCGGAUAAGGAGCGCCACAUCGUCUGGCUCGAGCCGGAGGGCUUUGACAACCCAAUCAUCUACCCCAACGGCCUCUCCAUGACGAUACCCGCAGAGGCACAAGAGCAGGUCUUGCGCUCGAUACAGGGUCUCGAGCAGGUCAAGAUGCUGCAGCCUGGCUACGGCGUUGAAUACGACUACGUCGAUCCCCGCGGGCUCAAGUCUACUCUCGAAACGAAAGCCAUCGGUGGCCUCUACCUGGCGGGCCAGAUCAACGGCACCACGGGAUACGAGGAGGCUGCCGGCCAGGGCGUCAUAGCCGGCAUGAACGCCGGCCGGGCUGCUCUCGGUCUGCCGGGGGCGUCGCUAUCUCGAUCAGACGGUUACAUUGGCAUCAUGAUUGACGACCUCAUCACCAAGGGCGUCACGGAGCCUUAUCGCAUGUUCACGUCCAGAAGCGAGUUCCGCAUGGCGGCCAGAGCGGACAAUGCUGACCUCCGCUUGACCGAAAAGGGACGGGAAUGGGGCGUCGUCUCGGACCACAGAUGGAGCGUCUUUUCGGAUGAGAAGCAGCAGAUUGAGGAUCUCACAAGGUCCCUUGCCGGCGUUUCCUUGGCGGCUGAUGAGUGGAGCAGGGCAGGAUUCCAGGUCAAGAAGAGCUCGCAGCGGCGCACCGGCAUCGACAUGCUGCGGCUUUCCAACACGGCCGAGCGGGUUCAGCUGGACCAGCUGAGCUCCCUCGUGCCCGAGGUCAUGAAGUACCCGCCGCGGAUCCGGGACAGAGUCGUCAUCGAGGCGGCAUACGCGCCGUACAUUAAGAUGCAGGCGGCCGAGCGCGGGCGGUUCGUCAACGACGAGAACAUUCGCCUCCCGCUGGACCUGGACUACGACAGCAUCCCCGGCCUGGCCCUGUCGGAGAAGGAAGUGCUGAGGAGGACGCGGCCCGAGACCCUGGCGCAGGCUCGCCGCGCAGAGGGCAUCACUCCUUCGGGGUGCAUCCGGCUGCUUGCUUACAUUCGUCGCCAGGGGUCGUCGUCCACGACGGCGCCUCUGGGCUUGGAGGGAACGGAAUCAUUGGGCGUUGGCUUUUCAUGA